UCAAUCCUUUCCUUGAGGCGCCAUCGCCUUGACCACACCUCACAUCCUUCUUAUAAUCUUAUUCCAUUCUAUAUGCAUACAAAUGCAUAAAACGAAUCAUUACAUAUUUGUACAUAUAUAUACACAGACAGAGGCAGUGUACGACCCCUCGAAUCCUUCGUGAAAUCCUCGGUUCAGAUUUCAAUCUAAGUUACUGCGUCUGUGUGUUUUUCCGGCAGCUGGUGAUGGCGGAUAUUAGCCAAGCAGCAACUGAAGUGUAUGCGCAGACAAGGACCUUACAAGUAUGGCGGUCACUGUUGAACUGGUUGACUUUCUUCUUUCAGAUCUUUGUUCAGAUCGUUAGAGGCACUCCUUCCGUUGCUUCCUUGAUCAAUUAUUCUUCUUCGUCUUCUUCGGCGUCGUUCAAGCCUUUGCCUGACGUUGAAUUUCCUGAAUCUUCUCAACCGUCAACAUUCUCUGCCGCUUCCGUUCAUAUUCCGACCGCUUUGGCUGAUUAUGAUUGUUCGGCAAAGCUCACGGUGGUUCUUGACUUGGAUGAAACUUUAGUAUGUGCCUAUGAGACAUCUAGUUUACCUGAUAGUGUUCGAAUGCAAGCUACAGAUGCUGGAUUGACAUGGUUUGAGCUAGAAUGCAUAGCUUCUGAGAAGGAACAUGAUGGAAAGCCCAAGAUCAACUAUGUGACAGUAUUUGAACGCCCUGGACUGCAUGAAUUUCUUGCCCAACUUAGCAAAUUUGCUGAUCUUGUACUAUUCACAGCAGGACUUGAAGGAUAUGCAAAACCACUUGUUGACAGAAUAGAUGCUGAAAACAGAUUUAGCCGUAGAUUUUAUCGGCCUUCAACAACUUCCACGGAAUAUAGAGAACACGUGAAGGACCUUUCUUUUGUAUCAAAAGAUUUUUGCAGGAUUGUUAUUGUUGACAACAAUCCAUUCAGUUUCUUGUUGCAACCAGUGAAUGGAAUCCCAUGCAUACCUUUUACAGCUGGACAACCACGUGACAACCAGCUUCUGGAGGUGCUCCUUCCUCUUUUGAAGCAACUUUCAGAGCAGAGGGAUGUAAGGCCAGUGUUAUACGAAAGAUUCCGCAUGCCGGAAUGGUUUCAGAAACACGGAAUCCCCGUUUCCAAUUCCACCUGGUAAAGAAUGGUAUUUGUAUUUACUUGAAUCCAUGCAUUUUGUAUAGCUAUUAGCCCCAUUAUAUAUAUAUAUAUAUAUAUAUAUAUAUAUAUAUAUAUAUAUAUAUAUAUAUAUAUAUAUAUAUAUAUAUCAUUUUGUAUACAGGAGAAGAAGAUUCUUUUUUGUUAUUGUUUCCUUAAUUUGCACCAGAUGCAGAUGCAUUAUCAAAUUCGUAUUCUUGUUGUAAUUUGGUAUAUACAUAUACAUAUAUAUAUAGUUUGGAUUUUGGAGGGUG